UCCGUGCCGGGGCUACCCAGGACAAGGCUGCCGGCCGGGAAGCUCCACCCCGCGGCCGGCCCUGCUUGGCACGUUUGCCGAGGCUCAGGAGAACUUGCUAGGCCCGAGCCCUGCCUCCUUCCCAGGCCAUUGGCUGGCUGGGACGGGCAAACUUGCUCGGCCGCCGUGACGAGCCAAGGAAGGGGUUGGGCUUCGGAGCCGAGCGCUGCCGCUUCGGAGCCGAGGAGGGAUUGGGUUGCCGCCGCCGCUAGUAGAAACAAACCAGCAGCAGGCACAGAAAUGGGCCACCUUGCUUGAGAAGGUAUAACAUUCUCAUCUUGCUUGUGCUGUUUUUCCAGAAGAUGUCAGGGGGACUGCCCUUGCACAUCAACAUCAAGGAGCCACGAUGGGACCAGACUACCUUCAUGGGGAGAGCAAAGCACUUCUUCACAGUGACGGACCCCCGCAACCUUCUGCUCUCUAGCAAGACCCUGGAAGAGGCCCGGAGAGUGAUUGAGGAUUACAGGUUGGGGAAAGUGUCACCAGGCUUGACUGAGGACCAGCUAUGGCAGGCAAAAUACAUCUAUGACUCAGCCUUCCAUCCUGACACGGGCGAGAAGAUGAUCCUGGUUGGGCGCAUGUCUGCCCAGGUGCCCAUGAACAUGACCAUCACUGGAUGCAUGCUCACCUUCUACAGAACAACACCUGCUGUGAUAUUCUGGCAAUGGGUGAACCAGUCCUUUAACGCCAUUGUCAAUUAUACCAACCGGAGUGGAGAUGCUCCCAUCACUGUCAACCAGCUGGGCACUGCCUAUAUCAGCGCUACCACUGGAGCUGUAGUGACAGCACUGGGACUCAAAUCUCUCACUAAGCAUCUGCCACCAAUCAUUGGACGCUAUGUGCCUUUUGCUGCUGUGGCAGCUGCUAACUGCAUCAACAUCCCAUUAAUGAGACAAAGGGAGCUAAAGUUUGGUAUCCCCAUUUCAGACGAGAAUGGGAACCGGCUGGGUGAGUCCAAGAAUGCAGCUCAGCAAGCAAUCACGCAGGUUGUGGUGUCCCGCAUUGGUAUGGCUGCUCCUGCCAUGGCCAUCCCUCCUGUGAUCAUGAAUGUUCUGGAGAAGAGAGCUUUUUUGAAGCGGUAUCCCUGGUUGAAUGCUCCUCUGCAGGUUGGACUGGUGGGUCUGUGCUUGGUGUUUGCUACGCCUCUUUGCUGUGCACUUUUCCCACAGAAAAGCUCCAUGAAGAUGAGUCGCCUGGAACCUGAACUCCAAGCUCAGAUCAGAGAGAAAAACUCUGGUAUUGAGGUUGUCUAUUUUAACAAAGGGCUUUGAAGGAAACUUCUUAAUACUACUCUGGUGUGGCACAGGCAGGACAAGAUGAAGAAGACCCAGGGUUCUGGUGGGCCUCAUGAGGAAGUUACUCUUUGUAAUUGUAUAACUCCUUUGAAAUGCUGCUUUCUUAUUGGCUCUUAUAUCUUGACAGGUCCUGUUGUUUGAUUAUAGCCUUCCUGGGUUCAGGUGAACCAUAGGGGAGAUUGUAUUGUGGCAAGGUGGCUGUCAUUGUGAUGUAUACUAAUACUCCUGAACAAAGCAGGAACAUUCCAGCCAUGACCCAUUUAAACCUUCAAGCAAACCCAGUUCCUAUAUUAAACUUAUUUCCAAAAUGGUAUGCAUGUGUGUAUAUAGUCCCUAUGAACUAAUAGAAAUGAUAUUUUGAGAUUAUUUUUGGCAGAGGAGAAUCCAUAGACUUGGUUGAAUCCCUUAAGAAUAGAUUACAGUGGGAAGGACAACUUGCUACUUUGGGUGGGGGUUGGGGGAUUGCAAGUUGAGUACCAGAAUCAUCCUCAUUACAUAUUGUUUUUAUGAUGGCUGUAUUCUUGUAAUGGUUUUGUUCCAAAUCAUUUUAAUUUUCACAAACAAAAUAUGCUCAUGUAAAAAUGGCUUUUACAGAAAAACCUUUUACUGCUUGUGAGCAAAGCACACAUGUACAUGGAUAUAUUUACAGGUAUCUCUAAGAAUAUACAAGCUAUGGUUCAGUGUGAAUAUCAGUAAAACAUGUAUAUGGAAAUAUCCAGGGCCUUUCAAGGAAGUAACCAAGUUAAAGUAAUCUCAGGCUAUAUGUCUUGCUAGUACUGCAAUGAAGAAUAUUGUGGUUUGAAUUGAGUGAGUUUAUCUAUGGAGCACUUUUAGAUAAAGGGCUGUUUGUUGUAUUAAGGAUUGGGUCAGAUGGCAUUUUGGUUGCCUCCAUUAUUACAGGAUAUUUAAGUAAAUAAAUUCCCAGAUCUAAAAAUUGUAUUUAUUUUAGCUCUGAUGAGUAUAUAUCUGGCCAAGAGAGAAAGCCAUACGGUGUUACCAUCUGUCUCUCCCUCAAGUGAGUCUUAUGGCUUAUAUGAUUGCUAAUAAGAAAGGUUUUGCCCAAAGAGACCUGAGGUGGGCAGUGUGCGUGUUUAAAGUUGGGUAGUUGUGUGGGACAGCAAGCUUGGAAAGGGCCAAUUUCUAAAAACAUAAAGAGCUCUGCUGGAUCAAGUCAAAAUCUACAGCCAGCAUCUCGCUGUCACAGUUACUCAUCAGUUGCCCUAUGGAAGAGCCCCAGAGAAGUUGUAAUAACUCCAGUUUAAUAAGGGAUUGUCAGUGACGAUUAUGCUUUUGACAUAUCCACAACUUGCUAAUAUUAUAAUGUUAUAGCUCAGAAAAAGCUGUUACAAGAUCCAGGGUUUUAAAAAAUGUUAAUAGUACUGUAGAAUGAUUAUGUUUUGUGCUAAGAUGAAUUUUAGAGGUUGUAGAGAGCUUGUUUUUUAGGUGUUUUAGAUGCAAGUUUUCUCAAGUGUUUAAGUUUAGGUGGCCCAAGGCAGUAUGUCUGCACUAGUAUUCCUGUGUUGUAGUUCCUUCCAUAAUUGCCUUGUAUUUUUCCCUGCGAUAGCUAAGAAGCUGUUUGUGUGCUUUCCAGGAUAUUUGCUUCCAUCUCUUGAGAUUGUGCCCUGCUUUGCAGCUCUCAUUUACACAUAACAAAAACUUUACUCCAGUAUCAAAAAGGUGGGAGAAUGGCUUUGUGGGAUUCUGUAAAGGACAUGAAGCUGGUACUUGUUUAAUGAGAUACUAAAGGUCAUGAAAAAAAUCCCAAACUGAGACACUAAUCCAACUUCACAUGGAAUGAGGGUGUGAACUGCCCGAGAGACACAUUAUUUUAAACUAGAAAUCAUUUAGAAAUCAACUGGAACAAAUAUAUCCUUAAUCUGACCUUCAAAAACCCAUAGAACCUCAAGUUGUGAGGGAGAUAAAGAUCAGCCUGUCUUUGCGAGGCCUCAUCUCAUUCUUUAUCAUAUCACUCCUCAGUCACUUUCACUGAGGUAACACUUCUUUGUUGAAAAAGAAGGCAUGAGGAAAAAUAUACAACACAGAUACCUUUUAAGUUGGAGAUAAUUUCUGCCAGCCCAAUGUAUUAUUCUGGCUUUUUUUUCCAGUAUAGGCAAAUGUAGUGACAGAAGGAUAGCACCCCACCACACACAUUCAAAGUGCAUGAUGGUCUCUCUUUUCCCUAGCACCAGUCCCCCUCUUCAGCAGUCCCCCAGGUUAUGAGCACAAAUGUUGUUGCACAUAGUGGGCAUGUGCUUGUACAAACAAAUAAGAUCUCAAGUUAUCUGUGUAUCAGGUUGAAAAUAUGUUAAAUAGAUUUUAAGUACUCUUCACUGUUUGUGCUUAUGAGUAAUUGAUGCCCACCAACAUCUUUCCUACAAUACCUGUGCUUUACCAGGGUUUGCUCAUAUGGAAGGCAUAGCUUUCUUCAAAAAGCAGCAUGUUGGUAGAAGGAUUUUUGCAAUAUUGCUCUAGAUCACAUUGCAUGUGUUGCAAUCCCAUGGUUUCUUCUGUCUGCCAUGUAGUCCAAAGGCUCCAUUCAAGGAUCAUCUUAUUGCCACAGGACAUGCACAGAUUCAGUGCAUCCGUGCCUUGACAGCAACUUCAGUGGAAUCUGUUGCAUUGCAUCUUCAUGUGAUUUAAAAGGCAAAGGCAAAAAAAGGAGAAGCAAGAAGAAAGUAAGUUGCUGAUGAUUUAAAGGGAUAAAGCACUCCACGUCUACAGAAGUAAACAUUCCUCUGACUAAUACUAUCCUGUAUUGCACAAGCAAGUUUCCAAUACCCCUUGCUAAAAGCUCAGAUGCUGUAGCUGAGCUUGCCAUCAAGUUCACCAGUAGCAAGAUUACUUAUUUAAAGCAGCACUAUAGUUCUCCCUUCCCCCCUCCCAAAAAUAAAGCAGAGCCUGAUAUUUUUCAUGACGCAUUAUGUGUGCUUGCAAAAAUGGGGUGAAAAAUUUAAUUGGUCACUGCUGGCUUCCUACAAGAAAGCUGAAGGUCAGCAGUUUAAUCCUAUUUUCUGUUCUUUUCAUCCCUGGAGCAAAUUACUUAUUUUAAUCUGAGCAAACCAGGCUGGGAUUGUUUGUUUGGUUCUUUAUAAAUGUCACCUUUGCUGGAGGCUCAGGGGUUGCUAUGUGCUUUUUAUCUUGUUUACUGUUAACAAGACCUCAUCCAACUCUUCAAAGCUUAUGAUGGAUUGUUUGAAUUGAUUUUUUUGUACCCAAAAAGUUUUGUUUAUGUUCAAAGCUUAUUUUACCAAAUUAAAAACCACGUUACCAAGCAGGAAUCCACGUCGAUUCCAUGUCAUACCUCCUGUAUAGCUUUAAAUAAGGCAACUUAUUCCAAAUAAAGAGUAUAAUUUCUUUCUCUUGCAAA